UAGGAAAGCAGUCACCCCUGGCCAUGGCUCACCGGCCACCACGUGACAGACAGAACGCUCCUCCCUUCUUGAGCCUCCGAGUUUGGCUUCUCCCACACGCUCAUCUUCUCUCCUCUCCCCCUUCCCCUGCGUGAGAGCGUCGCGUCCAAACCCUCCUCCCCCUGCGCCCGCCAUGGCGAGGCCGCAGCAGGAGGCGAUCGACACCUUCAUCAGCAUCACCGGCGCCGACGAGGCCGUCGCCAUCCGCAAGCUCGAGGAACAUGCUGGUGACCUCAAUCAGGCAGUCAAUGCACACUUCACUGAAGGAGAUAGCACAGUGAACCCAAUCAAUCAAAGUAUUCCACCUGUUAAUCAUGAUGAUAUGGAGCUGGACGGACCACUUGAUAACACGUUUCAAAGACCGUUGUUCCCUGAAGCUCUGCACGACCCUUUUGCACUAAUGGAUCCCAAUUUCCAGCAAAUGUUUUUUGAUAGUGUUGGUUCUGCUGGUACUCUCAAUCGUGAUGCACAAGGUCCGCACCCUAGAGAGACAUCUAAUGAAGUUAAUGACAACAACAUUCAAAUGGGUCCUUCUGGUCAGGCUUCUGUUGUUGGGAAUGCCACUGGACACGGGUCUUCAUAUGGACCAGAAGUUCGUGAGACUAUCAUAAUCGAUGAUGACGAUGAGGAGUUGUCAUCUGGGCUGUCUUCUCAGCAUGCUAGUAUCCGUAGCAAUGCACCGCAGCCAAAUCCUCUGCCAACUGCUCCUCCACUAGUUCAUGUCACAGACAAUGACAUAGAAGAGGAAAUGAUUCGGGCUGCAAUUGAAGCUUCAAAAAGAGAGGCUGAAGAACUGGCAAACGCAGCAGAGCAAGAACGGACUCGACAUAUUGGUGGAAUAAACUUGGAAGAUCAUUUAUCUGAUGAAGACAUGGAAAUUGCAGCUGGAACAGUGAGAAGGCAAGAAUUAGGUACAGGGAGGGGUGGAACAACUAUGCAACCAGCAGAUGAAGAGAGCUCAGAUGAGGAGACCGAUGAUGUUGAAGAAGUGCCAUUAGUUAGACGUCGUUCUAGGCGCAUCCCUGCUGGAGACGCAGAGUCAACGGAACCUGUUCUCCCAGGUGAUAGUCCUCCCUCAAGUUCGCAGCCUCAAAACCAUGAUCGCCAGUAUAACAGAACUGAUUUCCCAUCGGAGUGGGGUGGCAUUUCUUCUGAGGAACAUGAUGAAGCUGUUAUGCUUGAGGCUGCAAUGUUUGGUGGAAUUCCUGAAGCACCAACAUAUCCAUUAUCUCAUGCGAGCUCGAGUCAUUAUCCCCAAGUAGUGCACUCUCCACCACCAGAAUUGACUGAACAACGGUUAUUACGAGAGCAGCAGGAUGAUGAGUACCUUGCAUCGCUCCAAGCUGAUCAAGAAAAGGAGAUGAAGACUCUACAAGAAGCUGAGCUCAGACUGCUGGAAGAAACUGCUGCAAGAGAAGCUGCUCUUGAGAAACAAAGGCAAGAGGAGGAGGAACAGCGUAAAAUGCAACUUGAGAAAGAGGAGCUUGAGUCCAAUCUUGCCGCCAAAGAAGCAUCAUUGCCAUUGGAGCCACCUUCAGACAAAGAAGGUGUUAUAACACUUGUAGUUCGCAUGCCUGACGGUAGUCGACAGGGGCGUCGCUUUUUAAAAUCUGAUAAAUUCAAGUCCCUUUUUGAUUUCUUAGACGUUGGCAGGACUUGCAAGCCAGAAACCUACAGACUGGUAAGGACAUACCCCAGGCGUGCUUUUACCACUGCUGACGGCGACCAAUCAUUUACUGAUCUCGGGUUAACAAGCAAGCAGGAAGCCUUAUUUAUAGAGCAGAUUACUGAUUAGGGAAAAAAGAUUCAGCCACACCUAGGGAUACCACCAUCUGAGACUGGGUUGGGGUUUUACAUGUCUAUACUUGCAUAUGGCUUUUACUAGGGAAUCUAAAAUUGGUCUGUGUCGAAGAGUUGAAACUGUGUUCUUUUUGCGAUGUGGAACGGUUCGCAUCGCUUUAGUAAUAUGUAGGGUAUAAAACAGUGAUCAGCAACGGAUUCAGGAUAUUUGGUUGGUUAUGAAUGCGUGCUAGCGCAGUGAUAAUCAUUGUUCGUUUCAGAGAGCGAAA